GGUGCUGUUCCGUGACUUUCGUCUCCGUCCUCUCUCUCUCUCUCUCUCUCUCUCUCUCUCUCUCUGUAAACCCUAGUCUUUCCCUCCCUUUCCCUUCUUUUCUUUUACUGUACAUAACUUUCCGACCGAAGGUGAAAAGGGUAGCCUUUGAAUGGCCAUGACAGUGCCAGAAAGCGACCCUAUUGCUGUCUCUAAGCAACUCCUGGCUUUGCUUUCCGAUCAAAUUCCGAACAUCCUUAACUUUAAGGGGAAGUGCUCGCUUAUCAAAUCGAAACUCUCCGGCCUCGAGACCCAACUCGCCGAGUUCUUGGAUUUUCCGGCUUCUUCCUCGAACCCGCUUUCUGUUGAGCUCCUCUAUUCGAUAUCCGGUACUUUAAACGAUGCUGUUCUUUUAGCGCAGAAAUGUCAACGGUCCGAUUUGCCGGAGGGGAAGCUCAAGACGCAGAGUGAUAUUGACUCCGUCUUGGCGAAGCUGGAUCGACAUAUCAAAGACAGUGAGAUUUUGAUUCGGAGUGGGGUGCUCCAAGACGGUGUUGUCUCCAGUUCCUCGACGAAGGAGGCUGUGCGGGUUGAGGCGAGGAACUUGAUAACUCGGUUGCAGAUUGGGGCUAAUGAAUCGAAGAACGCGGCCAUGGUCUCGCUUUUGGAGUUGCUUCAAGAGGAUGAUAAGAACGUGAUGAUUGCGGUGGCUCAAGGGGUGGUUCCAGUCCUUGCGCGGUUACUGGAUUCCAGCUCUUUGGAGAUGAAGGAGAAGGCUGUCGCCGCGAUUUCAAGGGUUUCAAUGGUGGACAGCAGCAAACAAGUAUUGAUUGCUGAGGGACUGUUGCUUUUGAAUCACUUGCUUCGGGUUCUGGAAUCGGGAAGCGCGUUCGCAAAGGAGAAAUCUUGUGUUGCUUUGCAGGUUCUGAGCUUUUCUAAGGAGAACGCGAGAGCAAUUGGGUGUAGAGGUGGAAUUUCGUCUCUGUUAGAGAUUUGCCAGGUCGGAACUCCUGGGUCACAGGCAUUUGCAGCUGGGGUUUUGAGAAAUCUUGCAGCCUGCAUUGAAAUUAAGGAGAAUUUCAUCGAAGAGAAUGCCGUUUUUGUUCUGAUUGGGGUUGCUUCCUCUGGUACUUCAUUAGCGCAAGAAAAUGCAAUUGGGUGUUUGGCAAAUUUGGUUGCCGAUGAUCACAGUUUGAAGCUUUUGAUUGCUAAGGAGGGCGGUAUUGAAUGCUUGAAGAAUUUCUGGGAUUCAUCUCCUACUGAGAAGAGUCUGGAUGUUGCUGUUGCGUUGUUAAGGCACUUAGCUUCUUGCCCCCCUGUCGCAGAAGUUCUUGUCUCUGAAGGAUUCAUUCCCCGUCUCGAAGCAGUGUUAAACUGUGGGGUUUUAGGCAUGAGAAUUGCUGCUGCUCGAGCUGUUUACGAGCUUGGAUUCAGCUCCAAAACAAGGAGAGAAAUGGGUGAAUGUGGGUGUGUUGUUGCAUUGAUCAAGAUGCUUGAUGGAAAGGCUGUUGAAGAGAAAGAAGCUGCAAGCAAAGCAUUGUCGACCCUUUUGUUAUGUCAAGGUAACAGGAAGAUUUUCCGAAAGGAUGAGAGAGGGAUAGUGAGUGUAGUGCAGCUCUUGGACCCUUCGCUACAGAAUCUGGAUAAGAAGUUCCCUGUUUCAAUACUGGCUGAGCUUGCCCAUUCUAAAACGUGUAGGAAGCAAAUAGUUGCCACUGGUGCUUCCGUGCACUUGCAGAAACUUGUUGAGAUGAAUGUUGAGGGAGCUAGGAAGCUCUCAGACAAUCUUGGUCGGGGAAAGAUUUGGGGUGUUUUUGCCAGACCAUAGCAGCUGAGUACCACAAUUCAUUCAUCUGUAUGUACCAAUACUGUUGUUUACUUUGAUUCCUUGGUUUUCCUUUCUUUUUCCUCCUUAUAUUGUUUAUAGUGGCUGUUAAUUUUGUUUAGAGUAAAUGUUUCUAGUCUAGUUGCUGAUGAAACACUUUUUCUGUAGAGAUAUAAUCUUUGAUUGAUGACCUAAAUUGAUUGAAUCCUCCUCUCCUGCCUCCAAUUCAAUAAUUUCUAUAGCUCUGUUUGUCUGCAAAAACACUUAUGCUACUGUAUUUAUCUGAACAAUUUAUUCAAUUAAAUUGAUUUUACAGUG